CGUGCACAGACACCGAGUCUCGCGCAGAGCAAGUCAGGGCGCUAGGAUUUGGAGAGUGCGGUUUCUGCGCCAGCUCCGAGUGAUCGGUUUCAAAAUAAAGGAUGUGUCAUUGUUUACACGAAAAAAAAUUGACAUAAGAGGUCUAAUAUUUUUUACUGGACACGGAAGAGGAAGUCGGAUUAAUACACUCAAAAAUCGAAGUCUAAAGACGAAAGUGCAACAAACAGAAACUUGUUGGAAACGAGGAAAUGUGGCUCGCCAGCUAGCCGAUUUGCUACACCCCAAGGAACGCUAAGAAAAAGAAGUAUAAGAAAACUUUAUAAUUGUUUAUUUGAAUUGGCUUGGCAGACUACUGAACACCAUUUUUUGUCAGCCGGAGCUGCGAGCUCUUUCACCCCCACAUGCGAGUGGGGUUAGAAUGGAAACGCCCUUCUACCAUGAUGAUGUGUUGAAUAUUGCUGGGGGAACCAAAAGCGCCUACUCUUACGACAGGAUGAUGAAAAAGGACAUGAGUUUGAACCUCACCGACCCCAGGCCGAAUCUCAGAGACGCCGAGGGGAUCCUGAACUCCCCGGACCUUGGACUCCUGAAACUGGCCUCUCCAGAACUGGAGAGACUAAUAAUCCAGUCUAAUGGCAUGGUCACCACGACGCCGACCUCCCAGUUCCUGUUCCCCAAGUCCGUGAGCGACGAGCAGGAGUUCGCGGAGGGCUUCGUGAAGGCGCUAGAGGACCUUCACAAGCAGAACCAGCUGAACGGCGGCGCGCAUGUCCCGACGAGCGGCCUGGACCUCAGCACCAGCGCGCCUCCGCCCGUCUCCGCGCACCCGGACCUGCCCGUCUACACCAACCUGAGCAGCUACGGGAACAGCCCCCUGGGGACGACGGUGAACUACUCCACGGACACGGUCCCCUUCCCACCACCCCCCUCGCACCCCCUGAGCGCCCAGCAGCAGGCGCAGGCGCGCCUCCACUCCCUGAAGGACGAGCCGCAGACUGUCCCCGACGUCCAGAGCUUCGGCGACAGCCCACCGCUCUCGCCCAUCAACAUGGACACCCAGGAGCGCAUCAAGGCCGAGCGCAAGAAGCUCCGCAACAGAAUCGCCGCGUCCAAAUGCCGGAAGCGGAAACUGGAGAGAAUAUCGAGGCUCGAGGACAAAGUUAAGUCUCUUAAGACGCAGAACACUGAACUGGCCUCCACUGCGAGUUUGCUGAGGGAACAAGUCGCUCAGCUCAAACAGAAGGUCAUGAACCACGUAAAUAACGGAUGCCAGCUGCUACCACACCAAGUCCAAGCUUACUAGAGGAUUACGAGGCGCGUCUCCGGAUCGAUUUGGAUCUCUAUAAGCGCGAUUCAUUCCUCAUAAUUGCCUUGACUCUAUACUGAGAACUGUAUUUCAAAUUCUGAACAUUCAAAAGACACUGUCGAAUGACACGCGUGGAGAUAUUAGUUGAAGACACGUUUACAAAUAUUUUAUAUCUAUUAUAUAUAUAUAUAUAUAUAUAUAUAUAUAUAUAUAUAUAUAUAUAUAUAUAUAUAUUGUAAAGCUAAAACAAGAUUCACCUUGCUCACUUCCCAAGAGAAACGGUUUGGUUCCAUGUGUUCAUGUUUUAUUUGACAGUAGCCUUUGAAACUUUUGAAGAAUUCAUCUGAAAAGGGAAAACAAGUAUUUGCAUGUUAUAGUGACAAACUCGAUGAAUACCAACAAUCAUCUGGGUGUCAUUGAGCGCAUGCCGUUUACAUGUCUGUCUGACUUGUUUACAAGCACUUAUAAACGGAUAAAAUGUCUAUUUUAUACAGAACGUAACUGUACAGUGUCCUAUUGCAGUGUUUUAAAACUUCGCAGAUGGUUUUCUGUUUAAUGUAUUUGUGUGUGUCGUUGUGUCUUUCACAUUCCAUAUACAUAUGUAUAUAUUAAUCUGAGAUAUUGCGUUGUACGAGUGUUGAAUAAAAAUACUGAACAACUUUA